AUGGAAGAGAGGGAGGGAGACAGCGCAGGCCAGGACGAGGGCCUGCUUUUCGCUCGCCAGCUUACCACUGUCAGCACCGCCGUUGAAUCCUUUAAAAGGAGACUAGAAAGCAGAUCGCCCGACAGAGACAAGAGCGACACUCCCCUGUCGCCAUUCCUGGGGGACCUUCUUCGGAAGCUCGGGCCUCUCCUGGAAGAUGGAGCCUUCGUUUACAGGCAUGCGUCCGCCGAAAAGCACCGCCACGCCUCUCAGGAGACGGCGGAGUCUGACGGCGACGCGUUUCAUCGACACACAGGGCGAGCGGCGAAGCCUGAAACGGGGACACCUAGCGUUCUCGAGAGGCUUGUGACGAAUUAUUGCGCGGUCUCGCCUUUCUGCGCGGAGGUCAUGAACCUCCUUCGAAUGUUGAUUUUCGAGGAUACAACGCACUCUGCGGGGUUCAGUCAAGGCCAGAAGCACGCAAGCAACGCAGGCGACGGCAGGGCGGCGCCGGCGGACUCGAAGCUGCUCAAGGACUUGGAGCGCCUCGGACAGUUGCUUCUUCUGUUUGUAUCGCGGGUGUUGGAAAGCGAGUUCCUCGACACCGCCCACUUCCGCACGUGUGACACGCGGCGGAAAGUGUCUGCAGCUGUCACGACGUCCGCGUUGCUAGCUUCGCUCGGGCGCUUUUUCUCUUCGUCUCCUUCGUCCUGCUCUUCGUUCCUUCCGCCUUCCCCUCUCCUCAGGCUCUGCUGUCUGCAGCUUCUGCGCUCCGCAGUCACGGUCGUGCCCUCGCCGGCGGCGUUCCGCGUGGCGUCCGCACUGGGCUCCAGCCACAGCGGGUCGACGACGGAGACGGAGGGCGGCGGCGACAGGAGCCUCCUAGCCUGCCUGGCCUACGCCUUAGAGGGCCCCCAACCGAAACUCCUGCAGCAAAAGAAACUGCCGGGCUCGCCGAGCCAGCUGUGGGCUCCACCGCUGGCCUGCAACGCCGCGCCCGAGGUGACGCGUCAGAGUUCCGCGCAGGCCUCCGGUGAUGGCGCGUCUACUAAAAAGCAGAGCUCGUCAUCGCCCUCGCCUGCCCAAGCUGUCCCAGAUCACACUGAGGAGGCUCCAGAUUGGCCGGUUGCGUGGGGACGGACAUUCACGUCGUGUUCGUGUCUAGCUCGAGGAUGCGGCAAGCGGCGCAACGCCCUUCUCGCUCGCCUGGUGUCUCCGGACCAGGCGUCUCCUCAGCAGGCGACGUCCGCGCCCCUCGCCAAAGAGGCACGCCUCUCUGCGAAUGAGGCCGCGGCGGCUGUGGAACGCCUCGUCACCGAGGUGGACAGCGGCGAUGUGUGCGCGCCUCCGAGCGAGGCGGGCGUCGGCACGUGUGGCGCAGUCCCCGUCCGCUACGCGCUCCGCCAAGAAGCCCUUUGUCUCCUCUUGCUUCUUGUGCUCCACGAAGACAAAAGCGUGCCUCUCGUUCUCCUGCAACGCCCCUCGAUGAAUCGGCAGUCUGCAGGCUCCUCCUCCUCGGGCUUCGCCGGCGGCACGGCGGCGCCUGCAUCUGCGCCAAAGUCGCUCAGCGUCUUGGAUCUGUUCGCUAGGGCCUUCCUGACUCUGCGCUUCGACCGGCGGCGCGACGCUCUGGUGUGGCUUUUGGGCUUUCGGCGAGCAUUUCGUGACUUGGAGGCGCGCGCCCACCUGUCUCUGCUGCGCCACGGCGGACAGCGCGGCGCUGCCGGCGGGGGGCGCGAAGGCAGCGGCUUCGCGGAAAUAUUCAGCAAAGGCUCCAAGGCUCUGUCAGGCUGUCCUGACGACGACGAUCACGGAAUGGAGGGCGAGGCUGCAGGCAGGGGGCGCCGAGAAGGGGGAGCAGCUCCCAGGCCCGGCUCGAGUCCCGCUGGAGCGAUCGCCAGACGACUAGCCACGGGGCCCGUCCUCCAUGCGCUGGCGCAUCUGCUCCACGCAUUUACCAGCAGAGAGACGCUGGAGCAGCUCCUCAGGCCUCUCGACAGACGAGCGGAAGAUGCGGGGGAUCGCGCGGCGCCUUCUGAAGCCUCAAGCGGGUCGCACAGUCAACUCUAUCUCGCGCUCUUUCCGUCCGCUGCGGCGUCGCCGCUAUCGUCCUCUCCUGCCUCCUCUCCAUCUUGGGUGCUGCAGAGCCUCCUCCUCGAUCUUUUGUUCUUUGUGUUCCCUCCUGCGACCCUGGCGGUCAAGCCGCCCCAGUCCUUCUCCACCGAGUCUCUGUCGUCGCCGUCUCCGUCCUCGCCGCACGCGGGCGCCUCGGCGCACGCGUCGCUUCUCCUCUCGUUUCUGCAAUCUCUGCGCCCUCUGUUUCUGCCGCCCCAGCAGGAGCUUCUGCUCGCUGCGCUCUCUGCCUAUCCUUUGGGCUUGCAUGUCCAAUUUUUGGAGUCCUUGUCGUCUCUGCACCUCGCGGCCCGCUCAUCAGUCCAGUUUGCUCUCUCGCACCAUCUCCUUGUCCGCCUCCUUCUUCUGCCCUUGGGUGGGCACCACUCCGCGUCUCUCUCUUCCCUCGCUUCCGUCUCCCCCUCUGCCGAGUCUUCGUCAGCUGUCUCCUUUUCUUCGCCGCCCCUGCCCCAAGGCCCCGCUUCGGCGGACUUCUCCGCCUCGGCAGCGGUGUGCGGCGGCGUGUCGACCGCGGAGGCGGCAGAGACGUUGCAGGCCGCGGCUAAAGUGCAACUGCGGGAAGCUGAGCUUGGAGAGCAGAGAAGACAGUAUAUGCGUUCCUUCGUGUCGCUCGUUUCGCCUCCGCGCCUCCUGCUGCGCCAGCAUCUCACCGCGACCCUGCUCCAUAGUUCGCCAUCCGUGAACUUUUUCGGUUUACUUUCUCUGCGAGCGGCCUGCCGCCUCUACGAGGUCGUCGGCCAGGCGCUGGACAGGGCGCCAGAGGCCGCCGACGGGGUCUGGGGCGGCGAGUCGGUCCCCUCUCUGCUUAGGGCCGCCGUCCGCGACAGACUCCCCGACGAGAAAACCGUGCUGAACUGUCUAAAGAAGCUGGAGCAGCACUUCCUGGUCUUUAGAGCCGAGGAGGAUGUGCAUGCAGAGCGAACGAGCAAGAAGAAAAACCAAGGCAUGACUCUGGCGUGGGAUCUCGACGGCUGGGAUGCAGAUGCGCUCUGGCCUACCGAUGAGGCCCUCGUGAAGGACCAAGUGACGAAAGAGCUCAAAGGCGACCGCAACAAGAAGAACUCGAAAGACGGAGCAAACGCCUCGGACCCCGCGCGGGACGGCAGAGAGGGAAAAAAGACGAAGAACAAGGACGCGGAAGAUCAGGACGAAGACGAUGACCUCGACCUCCAUCUCGGCGGCAUCGAGGACGACGAGUCGACUGACGAAGAGUCCCACGAGGAGCGUGCGGACGACCGGAAUAAUUCUGCCACCUCCUCCUCUCCGAAUGGAGACGCCGAAGAUGGAGGUGCAGGCCAUCCCUCUCUCGCGCCUUCCUUCAUUCUGCAGCUCUCUCUGCGCCGCCUUCGCUCCCAGACUCUCCCGCUCUUUCGAGUCUCACGGAGCAAGGCUGCGGCACGCGCCGACGCAGCCUCGAGCUCCGAGUCGUCUGACUCUUCGUCAGCUUGGGUUCUGCCCACACGCGGACACGGACAAGAAGAAACUGAGGAGGCGCGGGCCGAGGACGGAAAAGCCUCUCCGCUUUCUCUGCUGCUUAGCUGCCUGGACGUCGCGCGCCUGUACCAGACUCUGCUUCUCCCGCCGGGAGGCUUUUCUUUCGACUGGUCGCGCCUGCUGGUGUCUCCUGCACGCCCCCUCCCCGUGGUCCCCCCCUCGGCCGCUGGAGGCGUGCUCGUGUGUCCCUUUGUCUGGGCCCUCGAGCCGGAGGCCGGAGCUGCGGUCGUGGCUCUGGGGCUCCAAUCUCUCGGCGGCGGUCGAGAUGGGCUCGAAGGCCUUCGCUUCGGAUUUCAAGUCGGCUCCACAGUCUCGAAGCAGGCGAUGAUCUUUCUCACGCAGCUUCUUUUUCAGUGGCGCAAGAGUACCGUGGAACUGGAGCGGGUCAUGCGGCGCCCGUCUGCUGCAGAAAGGAACACAGCCCUCAUGCGCUCUCGCAGCGCCUUCAGUGAAAACCUUCUUGCGCUGCUUUUCAGGUGUCUUUCUGUCUCUCCGGUCUUCGCCACAGCGCGGGUGAACGAGCUGGCGGUUUGGCUAGCGGCCCUCUCGCCUCGUUCCUCCAACCGCGAUUCGCUCGGCUCCACCGCGCAGGCGCGCUCGCAUUGUUUCCGCUGUGCGGCCUCGUACUUCCUCUCGAUUGUGAAACUUGCGAUCGAAAAGCCUCUUUUGCUUCUCCCGCAGCCGCCACUUCCUCCCGCUGCGUCUGCCAGCUGCCCCAUCGCGGCGGCGCGUUCAGAUGCCGGCGAAGGCGUCUCUCUGUUCACUCGCGCUCUGCUUUCGCAUUUGUCGCUGGCUCCUGAGUGCAACGGCGGCAGGCCGCUGUACGUCGACGUGUCGGGCGCGUCGCUGUCGCUGUUCCAGCUCGACGAGGCUGGCUUGGCGUGUCUCUCCCACUCCUCUUCUUGUCCGGUAGCCCAGCCGUGCUCGGCCGCGGCCAAGAGGGACACCGCACUGUGUGCGAACAGCAUCGGGUCGUGGGUGACCCGCGGUCUCCUCGGGCUCCUGUCGCUUCGCCCUUGUCUCCUCGAGCCCGUCCGCGAGCUCCUUCGCCGUCAGGGCCCCUGGCGAGUAGUCGGCAGCGCGCUGACUGCUGCGCGGGACGUCGAUGCUCCUGAAGACGCACGUGAAGCAGGAGAGGAGGAGGCCAGCGAGGAGAAGACGGCGAAGGGCAAGAAGCAGAAGAAAAGGGACGCGGCUCAACAUUCGGCGGCUGACGGCGAAGAGAGAGAAAACAAGAGAGGAGACGGAGAAGACGAGGACGAGGAGAAAGCAGAGGCACUCGAGGCGAUGCGAAAAACGGCAUCCAGACACCCUUUGUACGCAACGAUCAAUGGUUGGAGGAAGAGACUCUCUGCGGUCCUUCGUGAGGCAUCGCGGCUCGCUGAGGAGGCAACACAGGAAGGCGCGCCGGGCACACAUCAAAGAGAAAACCAGAAUCAGGAGUCCUCCUGCCUUGCGCCCGCCCAUCUUCUUCUCUCUGAGGCGAUGCGAAUCGAGAGCGAGGACUCCACGGAUGAGGUGCCCUCGUCGUCGCUCUUGGUCGGCGCUUCGUUGUCGCUCGUAGACCUGCUGCGUCAGCUUCAGCCGUCGCGGGCGCUCUCCGCGUUCUGGGACGCGGAAGUCGAGAUGAGUGAACUCUCGUCUCCUCUCGUUGCACCUCGUUGUGGACGCGUGUCCUCCGCCUUUCCCCUCCCACUUUCUCUGUGUCACGACCCCUACAGCCCCGAGGCGCGUAUCUGUCUCCCCGCGGCCACCGCUGAUGCAGUGCGGCUGAAUUUGUGGGCCUUGUUGCGGCUUUGCUCUUCUCUGCUCCGGUGCCAAACGCUCGCUUCUUCGUCGUCCGCCUCCUCGCCGCAUCAAGGUGAAGUUGGCAACUCCACACACGAGCAGCUGGUUCCUCUCCUGAGAACUAUGCUGCACAUCCAGCACCUUCAGAGGCUCCUGGACUCCUCUAUGAAGCACGCUGGCCUCGUGGCGUCGCCGUCGCUCUACGCUUCUGAAUCGUCAAGCGCAACUCAUGCGCGUGCUUCUCAGUCGGUGCGCCUGCCUCGCGAGUCCCCGUUUCCUCUGUUGACUUCGUCCGCUCCUUCCGAGAUCUGCGACGCCGCGACCUUUGCUUGCAUCCUGACGGGUCGCGCCGGAGGCCGUGCUCUCGGGGAGUGGUCGCGGCGGCGGCUGGAGGAGCUGCGGAAAGCGAUUGACAAGUCAAGUCGCAGCGAACUGAAAAAAGCGAAGAAGAGUAAACACGGGCACGAGGAGAGAACCGACGGCGAACGCCGCGGAGACGAAAGCGAAGAAGGAGAGCGGCGGCGCUCCCUGGAGCUGCCGGUCCUCAGCUGUACGUACAUCACGACAGUCCUGCUUUGGGCUGCCGAAGAUCGCCGCCUUCUGCACGCGACCGGAUCGAAAUCCCAGCUUCCUGUUCGCCUCCAAGCUUCGCAAUCCCCGUUUUUCACUCUCGCACGCGAGCUCCUGCCUCAGCUCCUGACGCAUGUGGCGAUCCCUUUGAGCCGCCUGGCCGCGCUGGAUCAGCGGAGGAGAGCCUUCGAAGACGACGCUGUCUCUGAACUCCAUCGCAAGAGUCGGGACACAGGGGCCAGCGGCGGCGCACUUCGGUCUCUCUCCGCUCUUCAGCGCUGUGCACAUGAGACACUGCAGCGCAUUUGCGCAGCGGCGUCCGCCUGGGGCUUCGAGAAUGAGACACUCGUCGCCCCGGCGAUCACCUUUCUGCACGCGGCACUGGGCGAGCAGCCCGGCGAUGACGCUGAAACGGCGUCUCUCGUUGCUCUCGCGCGUCUGCAGGGGCACGAGGGCGACGUGGACGCUUUGUCCGCCCCUUCGGCGCAAGGGCAGGCUUCCAACAAAGAGAAAAGAAAAAAAAAGAGGAGGGCGAGAGAGGAGGACGCCGACAGCUGUUUCGAGGACCGGGGCGAAGAGGCCUCCCCGAAGAAGCGAAAGGAAGGCGGAAAAGAAGGCAUACAGCAUGUGUCUGUCGCUUUUGCAGCUUCCCCUGCCGGCUUCCCGGUUUCACUUGAAGGCACGUGGCCUCUGGACCUCGCUGAAAGCUACAUUUGCGGGCGCCUUGCCUCGAAGGCUCCCUACUUCGCCCCUGCCCACUCCGCGCCCGAGGGACCGGAUGAGCCCAGAGGUCUCUUUUCUCGGGUGUCGGUGUCUGAGUUCUCUCUCUCCUCCACGGCGAGUCGCGUCCUCAGUGCAGUCGAGGUUCGGCUCCUUCUUGGCAUUCUGCGUCUGGCCUCUGAGCCGGCGGCGGCCCCUGCUGCCCCUGUGUUUUGUGACACCCAGCAGGAUCAGGAUCAGCGUGUGCGCAUGGCGGAGCUCCUCGUUCUGCUUUUGGAUUGUUUGGCAAAGCCUGUGGCGGAUCGCGGCGCCUGCGCCUCGUCGCAGGGGCUGCCAACAGAAUUGGGUCGACAGAGAGAGGCGGCUCUCCUAGAGUACGAGAGAGUUGUGGUGCGCCAGUGCUUCGUUCCAGCUUCUGCGCAGAGCGUUCUGUUUGUCUCCGGUGCCGCGCGCAAGUGUGCAUCUCCCUGUCGCGCUGAGCACGCCGCAGCGGCGGCAAAGCUCUGGCACGCUCAGGGCCGCAUCGCGCAUCCGUCGCUCGCCAGUCUCUUUUGCCGGCGUUUCCGCGCGAGUGUGCGCUUCAGAAAGGCGGUGCAACUGGAGCUACUCGGCUGCAGUGACGAACUGUCUUCAUGUGCGGCUGCGCAUGCGUCCCCCGCAGCGCCUGCCGGGAGUUGCGCCCCAGCAGACAACCCUCCGGGUCAGGGCCUCCUGCCCCAGUGGCGCUUCGCCCUCGAGCUGUUGCUCCUGAGGGAAGGCCAGCUGCCGCCGGACACCGUGUCUGAGGCGGGCGACGUGUUCGCCGGCGUCUUCGCUUACGCGCUUUCUCUAGUGGGGGAAGCCGAGAGUCACAAGGAAGUGAAGACGAAGAAAAAGGAGAGAAAACAGCGGAAGACCAAGCAGGCUGCGAUGCGCUGGGGAGCAUCCAUUCUCCGGCUCCUUUUCCGGGUCUGCGGCGUGCCGCAGUCCCUGAGCGCAGGAAUCGAAACAGGCGUCUUGGGGGGCGACGGCGCCGAGAAAGAGGCGACGCGGGAGGGAGGCGAGGAACUUCAGGCUUCGCCUGUCGGCGAACGAGCGUUGAUGACAGCGGCCUUGGACUUCUACGAGGGGCGAGAUCGCGACGCGGGGAUGGGGACUGCGCAGAGUGCGAAGGACGACGAGAGGGGAGACAGGUCCCCCCUCUGGCGCUCCUCUGCGGUCGCCGGUUUCUCCACGGUCCUGCGGUCGGCGCUGGAGAUCGACGCCGAUGACUCGCGGUCAGCCGGAGACUCUCAGACGGAGUUAGCGUUGCUCCAGCGGGCGGUAAUUGCCAUCCGUGACAGUCUCCUCGCCUUCGCCGCCUCCGACAGCCUACUCCCGCCUCAAGGCGGCCUCGCCGUGGAAGGCGACGAAGGCGGAGACGGAGCUCUCGGCGAGGAGGAAACAGAGAGGCGCGCCGCCGCAGGAAUCUGGGCGAGGAAAGCAACGCCGGUGUGGAUGGCUGUGGGUCUCUACGAGGCCAUAAGCAUGUGCGCGACAUCCGCCCGCGACGACCGCUCAUACUCGAAAGCGAAGAACGGAAGCUCUUGCGAUGCCGGCGAGGCGGUCAUGGAUGACGCCGAUGCGAAAUCCACGACAGUGAGGUGGGGAGGAGACGCGCGAGAGAAAUGUAAAUUUCUGUCUGGCUUCCUCCGGGACGCCUUCGCCGGUGUGUGCUGCCAGGUGUUCAGCGAAAGCCUUGCCGCGUGGAAGGCGAGCGCCGCCGCACGCGCCUUCCUCCCGCCGACUUCUCCGUCCGUCGCAUGCCCAUCCUAUGGUCUUCUCUUGCCGCCCUCAUCGUUCUUCUCUUCGUCGCCCGCCCUGCAGCUGCUCGAGUGCCUGGAGGAGGUCCAGCGCGAGCUGACGUACGGACCGCGAAAGGCGUCUGAAGGACGUGGAGGCGACACGGGCUGCGCCGCGGAAGAUGACAAUGCUUCACUGCUCUUGGACUUCAUUUCUCGCAUCCGCCUCACGCGGUCGCUAGAAAGACUUGUCUGUCAGCUUCCCUCGCGCCGAACCGACUUCUCAGACUCGGCGGAGGCGUCAGCGUCUCCUUUGCCUUUGACUCUCUCGCCCUCGCUACGUCAGCGAGCCGAGCGCGGCAUGCUGCGUCUGGCGCGAAGCUUCGCACGGCGCGUCGGCGGCCUGAGAGAGCUGGACAUGCUGGCGGUCGCGCUCGCGUCCAAGAGCGCCGGUGUCAAACGGCGCCCGCCCGACUUGCACCCGCAAAGUCUCCUCGCCUCAGUGCGCGAGCGAGCCGCGCUCUUUGCCGAGGUCUGGUGUCAGACGUUUGUGCCCGUCUGGCGGUCAGGGCUCGUCGCCGCGGCGCUCCUGCCCCCUUCGAAAAAGGCGAAAAAGGCGCUGGAGGAGGGCGCGCAGGCGCAGAAAGCCGCAGAAGGCGGCGAGGCGAUAGGGGGCGACCAGGAGGAAGCGCUACGGCAGAAGCGAGUGUGGAUCCUCGCUCAGGAGAUCCUCCAGUCUGACGCCCUCAGGCAGCUUGGCAAGGCGCUUCGCUUCUUGUGCUACGCCGCGGCGCGCGAUGCGUCCGCGGAGGGCGGCGCAGGCGCGGCUGGUGGCGAGCAGAGGCGAAGCGAAAUCGACGCCAUCGGCGAACGAUCCACGAAGAAGGCGGGAGAGGACGCACCGAGCACACAGAUGGGAAAAGUGCAGCCAGGUAGCAGCGGGCAUGGCGCAAGACGAGAAGACGCGCUCGGGGCGAAGACGGAGGAAGCACAUGACAACUGCAGCCCUGAUUUACGCGCAGCCUUGUUUCCCCUCCUUUCCCUCCUCGCGCGCGAGCUGCUCCCUAUCUACUACACAGCUGUCCCGAGAAGAGACGCACAGGGUGCCUCAGAGGAGAGCCGCAACUGCGAAGGAGGAAAUGAGUGGGCUGACACUUCCUAUUACCAAGAAGAGGGAGGCUACGAGGGACACGACUACGAGCGGGACGGCUACUCGAGGAACAAGCGAUCUUUUUUCUUUGCUGAUGACGAGGAGGAGGCGGCCAGAGAAGGGUCACGCAUGUCUCCUGGCGGGGGAGAUGAUACCAACGCUUACACGCCUUUCCUGCUGGAGGCUUUGCUUCCUCCGGAGCUACACACUCUGUUUGCGUCGUUCUACGGGGGGUCGACGUCCGCGGCAGACUGCGCGCUACGGGAUAUUUUCACCGCCGACCGCUCAGAAGUGCAGGAGGCGUAUAUCCAUUCCAGCUUUGCCUUCACCUCUCAGCGAGCUUCCGCAGACAAAGCCGACUCCGAACAGGCCAGUGACGCCUCCGGCGCAUCGCCUCUCGUCCCGGUGACCGUCGCGCUGGCCUGGGCGGCGCGGCUCCCGCAGCCGCGCGAGGAGGAGGGCCGCGAAAAGCGGAAGCCUGGUCAGCAGCUUGGCGGCGAAGAUGAGGCGGAAGGAGAGGACGCCGCGCUGUUGCUUCUGAACUUCCUGCGGCAUCAACGCGCUGCCGGCGACGCAGAUGCCGCGGAAGCAUCCGAGGAGGAGGGCGCGAGAAAGCAAAGAAAAGAAAAACGGAAAAAAGACAGAGAACGAGAUCGUGCGAACGCAGCCGCGGAGGGCGGCGAGACCGGCACGCGAGGGCGGAGGGACGACGAAACCAAACGAGGUUUCGAGGGCGCGCAGCGGAGAGCCUGGAGCAUGGAGGACCUGAAGGCGUUCUUCGACGAGUGCGACCAAGAGAGUCCGGCUGCUUCACUGUCGUCAGUUGUCCUGAGCGCACUGAGUUCUUCAUCAUCUGGCGCCGGCCGUUCCGCGCUCGACUGGCUCAGUCUGAAUCCCGCGCGCAUGCAGAGGACGCUUGACUCUUUCUCGUUCUCGUGUUCCCUGUCAGACACGAAAGGCGUGCUGUUCUCCUCACUUCCCGGCCGGUCUGCCGACGUGACGAGUUCUCCUACGGAUGAGCAGGAGGCGCUCAGUCUUGUGUUCGCGUUGCCUUGUCUGGGAGGCAAACACGCCGGCGUUUUGGCAGGCCACGAAGCCGGCGGCGCGCGCGCACAGGCCUCGCUCGCUCUCUCAGCCGUCAUCUCAGGCGGCGGACGAGGCCUGCCGGCCACUGGAGACGCGAGGGCGACAGCCACGUUUUGUCAAGACGUCUCCGCUAGAGGGACAAGCAGCGCGGCAGGAGAGUCCUCUGCUCAGCCCAAGCGGUAUGACGUUGCCUACUUGGUACCCUUCCUGACAGGCCGCCUCGUGGCUGCGUGCGCGUCCCUUCUGUAUCGGAUGCGCGACGAGCGCGAGGCUGCGGGCAGGAAGACUGAGCUCGAGGAUGGCCUGCCCGGCGACGCGGGCGGCGACCAAAGCCAAGGAACGAAGCCGGAAGACUCAGACACUCUCGCGGCAGUGCAGCCGUCCGCGGGAUUUACCCCGCGGGACUCCGCGGCGUCGCUGUCCUUUGCCGCGCUGGCGAAGCGCGCCUGCGGCGCUGCGCGCCGCUGGCUGCAGCGGCAGCGCGGGACAGCCGAGGCGGAGACGCCUGCCUCUGCCCCGGCGAAGGACAGGCGCCGCAGACGAAAGCGAAGGCGAGACGGAGAAGAGGACGACGGGGAGGAAGACGAGACGGGCUACACCGAGGAGGCGCGGGAGCCGGAAGCCGACGCGGAGGAGAAGGCCGACGUCGACAGCCGCCUCGCUGCCGCGUUCGACGUCGAGGAAGUCGAGUCGGCGACCAGUCGCGUCUGGGCGUUCCUGAACGCCGCCCGCCAGCUGCAGACGCGCCAGCGCAUGCGGAGCGAGCAGAAAUCGCGUCUGAGAGGCGAAGGCGGAGAAGGAGACGAAGGCGGAGACAGCGGGGAAGAAGGCGACGGCGCAGACGUGAACGAUGAAGAGAACUGGAUGCAGAUCGAAGAGCUCGAGGGCGAAGACGCUGCGGAGGCAGAACUCGCCGCGUGGGCUAAAGAGCGAGAGAAAGUCGACGACCAAGGCACCUGGCUCAGACGUUUCGCCGCAGGCGGAGGCCUGCAAGUGCUCCUGAUGACUCUCUCCGCCACGGACGGGUAUCUGCGGAGCGUGGCCUUCCACGGCGUUGCCAUGUUUUCGCAUCUCCUUCAGUUGUCUGCGGAUCUGACGAUCCUGCUUUCUUUCUCGGAGCAGCAUUUCUUGCUCUCCAAGAUCGAGGCGCUCACGGCGGCGCUUGCCGCUGCAGAGGGCUGCAGCGGGGACGCAGCGACCUCGAACGCACGCGCCUCAGGCUCCCCUGGCGAGGCCGGGUCGCAGCGGAAGCCGAGCACCGCAGUUCUAGCUGCGAGGCGCAGGAAGUUUUCGCGGCAGCUUGAGCAGCAUCGGAGCUUCUUCGCGUUCCGCGAACUCCGACAGAUUCAGCUUCUGCUCUCAACUCUGAAAAACAGCGUCCCGCCGCCGACUGCCAUAAAGGCGCGAGCCAGCGCGGCGCACGCAGCGGCUGAGGCACCCUCGAACGAAGUGGCGGAAGACGAGUACGACGAGGAGGGCGACGAGGUGUACGAAGGGCGAAGCAGAGGACGCAGCAGGAAACGCAGAAGGCAACGGCAGCGAAGGGGGGAAGAAGAAGGUGAUGAGUAUGACGAAGAUUGCAUGCAGACGGACAAGCAAGUAGCUGUUGAAGGAAACCGCGACGAUACGCCAGUGUGCCCUGAGGCUCUCCAUCCAGUCUUGACGGCCUUCGCGGCGUCGGCGUUGCCUUUCCUGCUUCAGCCGGAGCAUCCGCUUUUUUCGUUGCUAAACGAUUUCCUUCUCCAGCGACCCAGCCUCUCUGCCCUCCUUUUCGCGUCGCCGUCGAGCUCCGCGUUCCUCUAUCCGAAUGCAAGUUCCUCGUGCGCAGCCUCCGCGGCGUCGCCUAUCGGGCAGUACUACGCGCCGUCGCUAGGCUCCCUCUUCUCGACUUUCCUUCUCUCACCUGUGUCUGCGUCGUCUCUUCAGCAAAAGCAGUUUGUGUUGACGUGUCUUCUGCGCUCCCUGGCCGCCUCGUCGUCUCCGUCGUCUGCUCGAGGGCCCUCUGUAUCGUCUUCGUGUCCUCUCGGAUCGUCUCCAGCGAAAAAGCGAAGCAGCUUGGGUGAAGAGUCCUCCUCGACAGCUUCUCUUCUGCUGCCGCCUUCGUCCCUCUUUCUCUUUUCGUCGUCGCCAGUACUUUCCUUCUCCUCAUUCGGGUCUCCAUUCCCGUCGGCAGUCUUCGCAGCGCUCCGGCUGUCUCUGCAGCUCCCUCCGCAGUUCUCCGCUCUCCUCGAAAACGCGGCGCUCUCUGCUUUGUCGGCUACCACGUCAUGCAGAGGAGUCCAGGGCGGAGAGAUGCGCUCGCCCCAGGGCGCAGGCUUCGCUCCCGCCGCGCUCCCUAUUGCCUGCUGGAACGCGUGCGUGCUCCUGCAGCGCCCUGGAGUUCUCUCGUGGCUCCUCCAUCAUCUGCGUCUUCUUCUCUUCCAUCCUUCGUCCUCGACUUCGUCUUUUUCGUCCACGUCUGCACCGCUGGCACCCCAGAGAUCUCUUUGGUCCGCAUUCCUCUCCUCCGUCCUCCAGCCGCAGGCGCUGCCUCUUCUCUCAUCUCCGACGGCCGCGUCCCUCUGGCCGCUCGUGUCUGACGCAUGCAGCCUCGGCGGAGAAGGCACGGAAAAUCGGAGCGCCUUCCACGCUCAGAGGAAAGAAGCCCUGGCGGUGGCGCGCGACGCACUCGAGCUGGUCGAGGCCCUCGUGGACGCCUCGCUGCUGUCGCCGCGCCCUCCAGGCAUGGAGGAGUCCUCCCUCGUCUCUGAGGCGAUUGGAGCACCUCUGGCGUCUUACGUAUCCUCCUCCGAAGGCGGGCAAGAGAUAGCGCGGGAAAGGGCGGAGAAGCUGCGAGAGGACGGUCCUGGCGGAGACGAAGCAGACAUUCGCCUGUCCGAAGCGUUCCUGGGUUCAGCAGUUAGGCGCGAAGUGUUGAAGCGCCUCUUGCGCAGAUUCGUCGCUAGCCACGGUCGCGUCGAGCGCGCAUGCCAAGGCUUGAAGACGCGCAAUAAAGCGCAGCCAACGGGAGUGAGUCAGGACGAUGCCGGCAGCGCGAGCGACUCCCAGGCCCCGUCGUCCGCUGUGUUGCCGUCUUCGAGGACUUCUUCUCUUGAGGGAGCAGCCUCGGUUCUGUUUGCGCCUGAGGUCGUAGCAUGGCCUGUCUCUCUUGGCUUCCCGUCGUCGCCCCUCGCGCGGGCUUCACGCGCCAGCUACCCAGUAGACGGUCAGGGCAAGCUCGCGGCUUUAGCACGUCAAGUCGCCCUCCUGCGCUCCAAGCUCCUCGGGAUUCGACAUUCUCAUUCUGCGUCUGGCGCAUCGCCUGAAGAUAGCCGCACGACUACCGCGGUGGAGGCGUCUUCGCCUCUGCGCGUGCAGGUCAGUCCAGAGGGUGUGGCGCUCCUUCUGUCUCUCUUCGAGUGCCUUCGCUUCCUGGUGCGGCUGUGGUAUGCUCUGUGUCUCUCUGGCUGCGCGCGCGCGGCUUCGUCACUGUCGGGUGCCUCUGCUGGCGUUGCGUCUUGUUCCCCUGGUGCGGACGGAGGCAGACGCAGGCGCUCUGCGGAGGCCUUCAUGCGUGACCUCCGUGCGGCGGGUCGCGGAGAGGAGAUGCCACAAGUAGCGCGGCGCCUGUUCGCUCUGUGCUGGCGACUGUGCUGGUCGACGAUCUCGCUCUUCCAGCCGAUUGCUCGGGCCCGAGCGCACGGCAGCGGGCUGACGACUUCGUCCGCCUCAGGCCCCGGGGCGCCAAAGGAGGCGACGCAAACGAGGGCUGCAGAACGGGAAAUCGAAGCAGACUCGGACGCGGAGGACGAUGAAGCACACGGCCGCAAGGCCCCAGGCGCCGGCUGCUCGCCUCGCCAGUCCUCGGCCUUCUCGGGGACUCUCGCGCCGCUUCAGAGCGCCCAACUGAACCAGCUGAGACACGCCGCCUCAGGCUGCUUCGCCGACGUCGUCGCGCUGUGCGAACUCGCCGCGCUCUCCUGCGCGAGUCGCGGAGAGCAGGGAGACAGAGAGAGGCCACAUAACGUUAGUUCGUGUUCACCACCUCUGAGUCGGCACGCUGGCGAUUCUGUGUUCGGGGUGGAAGAAAGCGUCGGACGGGAUGACGCCUGCAGGCUCGUACUCGACAUGCUGACGGGUCCAGAGAGCGAGGCCGCGCCCUCGCGGGCUGCUGGAGAGACGGCGAAUGAAGAGAGUUCAGGCUCGCGCUGUGAUUUACCAAGUGAGUUUCCAGCACGGCGCCGCAAGAGAGUUGAGAAGAAGGAACAAGUCAUGCUCCAGUGCCUCCAAAUCUGGUGUCUCCUUUGUGGGGGAGCUUCGCAGGGGAGUGACAUCUGCAGGCACAGCCCGACCGCCGGGCCGGCCCAGGACUGCGCGACUUUUCCCGCCAUGUAUAUCCGGUGGGUGUUAUCGGGUGACUGGCUGAGUUAA